AUGUAUAAUCUUUUAACACGUUUAAAUGCAUUAUUUGCAUUUUCUACGACUAUUAUAUUUGUUUUAUUAGGUGCAAUAGCUAUCAUAACAACCUUUAUACCAAGUUCACCAGAGGCAAAAAUUGUAAUCAACGAAUUAGGUGUAUAUCCUUUUAAGUAUGGUGAAUUUGCACAUAUAGAGCUGUCAUUAAAGGCUGAUUUGACUUCAUUGUUUAAUUGGAAUGUGAAACAAAUCUUUUUGAUGAUUGUUAGUGAAUAUGAAACUAAAACACAUGAUCUUAACCAAAUAGUUUUGUGGGAUACAAUUGUUGAUUCACAAGAUAAUGCAAUAAUUGAAGUUGAUAUUAAGAAUAUUUAUGACUUUGUUGAUAUUAAUAAUAAAUUCAACGAAGUAAAUUCUUCAUAUUCAUUACAUUGGGAUAUCAUGCCUUGUGUUGGGUUAUUAAAAUUAGAUAAUUUAGGGCCUAGUAGUUACAUGAAUUUUCCUCCCGUGACUAGAGGUUGA